CAUUACAAGAAUUAUGUCGUAAGCAAGCAAGACUGAAAAAUAGAGAGAGGGGGAGAGAGAUCUGAGAUCUGAAAAUCAGGUCUCUUAAACAUGGCGAUCUCCUCCUCUCAACCUUCCCGUUUCUUAUCUCUGUUUACCAUUUUGGUUCUCUGCUUUUCUCUCUGUGUUGCUGAAAUUCGUUUCUCAGAGAUCCGUUCCGACGAUCGAUCCAUUAUCCCUUUCGAUGAGUUCGGGUUCACACACACAGGUCGUCUCGAACUCAAUGUCUCUCACAUCUCUCUCUCAAAUCCCAACCCCGAACUCGACCUCUCUCAGGUCGGCUUCUUUCUCAGCACCAGAGACUCCUGGAUCCAUGUCCUCCAACAGAUCCAGGACCUUGACAUCACAUGUGCCCUCCAAUCUGACCUCGUUAAGGUUGUCUACACCUUCGACCGUCUCAAAGGCGCCAAAAGCUUCGAUUCUAUGUUUCCGGAGAACGAAGCCAAUCAGUUCACUCUCGUCUUCGCCAACUGUCUUCAGCAGCUUCAGAUCUCUAUGGAUGUUCGAUCUGCCAUGUAUAAUCUCGACGGCAAGAGCGGUCGCCGCGACUACUUGUCCGCUGGCGUGACUAUUCUUCCCAGGGUUUACUUCUUAUUUUUCUUGGUUUAUUUCUGUCUCGCGGGUCUCUGGAUCUACGUCCUAUAUAAGAAGCGUUUGACCGUUUUUCGCAUUCAUUUCUUUAUGCUCGCUGUGGUUAUUCUGAAAGCUUUGAAUCUGCUCUGUGAGGCGGAGGACAAAUCUUACAUCAAGCGUACCGGUAGCGCUCAUGGUUGGGAUGUUCUCUUCUAUAUUUUCAGCUUCUUGAAAGGGAUUACACUCUUCACCCUGAUUGUCCUCAUUGGGACCGGAUGGUCGUUCUUGAAGCCCUACCUGCAAGACAAGGAAAAGAAAGUCUUGAUGAUUGUUAUCCCUCUCCAGGUUGUCGCAAACAUUGCGCAGGUCGUAAUUGACGAGACUGGACCCUAUGCACAAGAUUGGAUCACCUGGAAGCAGGUCUUCCUGCUUGUCGAUGUUGUUUGCUGUUGUGCUGUGCUGUUCCCUAUUGUGUGGUCAAUCAAGAAUCUGCGUGAGGCAGCGCGAACUGAUGGCAAGGCUGCAGUGAACUUGAUGAAAUUGACGCUUUUCCGUCAAUACUACAUUGUUGUUAUCUGCUACAUUUAUUUCACGCGUGUUGUUGUUUAUGCAUUGGUGACUAUAACAUCGUAUCGCUACCUCUGGACCAGUGUGGUGGCUGGUGAACUGGCCACGCUCGCAUUCUAUGUUUUUACAGGGUAUAAAUUCAGGCCAGAGGCGCACAAUCCAUACUUCGUUAUUGACGAUGAAGAGGAAGAAGCUGCUGCUGAAGCUCUGAAGCUUGAAGACGAGUUUGAAUUGUGAUAGCUUCUCCCGGGGAAUUUUUUAGACUGCUGGAGGGUUUACUCCUCCUCAGGUCUAAUUACACGGGGGCCGUGGUGAUAACGGGCAUUGCUUUAUGUAAGAAGAUGAUAAAAGUCAUCAAAUUGGGAAGCUGAGGAAGGAAUUUGGCUAUUAUAAUAGGUUUUUCGGACAACUUUGUAGGAGACAUGAAGUUCUUGUUCAGCCUAUUAUUGGUGUUAUUCUUCCUUUUUUUUGUGUAUGCUUGUACUCAAAUAGUUUUUAGUUUUAUAGGAUUUGAUAUUUGCCUUUUGAUUACAUAGUGAGUGAAACACAUCUAUAUGAGAUCCUUUGAAUAACAUUCGAUCUAAUCGUCUUUUUAUUUGUUCAUCAUUCUGUAAUUGACGUUGUGAAUGCUAU